CGGGGCGGCCGCAGGCCCGGCUUCCGCCCGGGCGGCCCUCGGCGGCGGGGCGGUGCGGCGGACCCCAGCGCGUGCUCCAUGGACUCCGUGUCGGAGCCCGGCGAGCCCGGCAAGGGGAAGACCUUUAAACUCCUAGGAAUUUUAGAUGUCGAAAACACUCCCUGUGCACGGGACUCCAUAUUGUACGGUUCACUGGGAUCUGCUGUAAGUGGCCUGGGACACUUCUUGUUUACUAGUAGAAUCAGAAGAUCCUGUGAUGUUGGAGUAGGAGGAUUCAUCUUGGUGACUUUAGGAUGCUGGUUCCACUGUAGGUACAAUUAUGCAAAGCAAAGAAUCCAGGAGAGAAUUGCCAGAGAAGGAAUUAAAAAUAAGAUUUUAUAUGAAAGUACUCACCUUGAUCCUCAAAGAAAACAAACCCAACAGAAAAGCAGCAAUGGAGAAACCUUAAGCACAGAAAACCAAAACGCAGCUCCCUGAAGACGUGGUGUCAGCCACAAGAGACGCCUUAUGUGCAAGAAUGCUUUAAACAAGUAAAUAAAAUGGUGUAGUUGUCUUAUGUGUAUUUAC